GCCCUCAUGCAAUGCGCCAAGAUCCCAAACCUCGGUUCCGCAGUCACGCCAACCAAUUAUGACUCUGCAUUUGUUAGACGCAGAAAAAUUCCCCAUACAAAUUCUAGUCCGAUGAUCCUUCGGCCUUUCCCCAGAGUCCAUCACAUCAUAUCUCCUGGACCUCGGCUCGCUCGGUCAACAACCUGCACACCACCGACACCUCCACCACCACCAUUAUGAGUACGAGACGACGCGUGACGGGGGGGGUGAUGCUACCAUAUCACCUCCCGGUUCCUUCUUCCUAUCCUCACCUCUAGAUACCUCUCUAUCAGCAACCGAACAUCAUCGUAGCAGAAGAACAGCAGCAAUGUCGAAAACCUUCAAGCCCUCCGAUGUCGCUACGCACAAGACCGUAGAGACCGGGAUGUACAUCAUCAUCGAUAACGGUGUUUACGAUGUCACUGGCUUCAUCGAUGAGCACCCCGGCGGCGCAAAGAUCCUGAAGCGAGUGCUCGGCAAAGACGCGUCGAAGUCAUUCUGGAAGUUCCACAACGACGGCGUCCUGGCAAAGUACACGGAGCGACUGAAGGUCGGGACCGUGCAGGAGGAGGCGAAGCUCUAGACCUUCGGCUGCACGACAGAUUCGUUUUCUUCACCCACUCCACCACCCGCUCGCUCGCUCGCUCGCUCACUCGGGUAGAGGUGCGGAGCUGGGGAGUUUGUACUUUUAGCGAUCGAUACCUAGAAUGUGACGACGUUAGUUUCCUGCCUG